GGCCCAGAUCAGAGUCUUUUAAACCUACAAAUUCUUCGAUCAGUCUGUUCUUUUCGUUGUUGCAAAACCUCGAGUUCAGCGUUUUCUAUUUUUUAUUUUUAUUUUUUUGCUUUUUGUUUUUUGAGGUUUUCAGAGUGUUUUCUUUUUACUCUCACAAUGGUUCUUCAAAACGAUAUUGAUUUGCUGAAUCCCCCAGCUGAGCUAGAGAAGAGAAAACACAAGCUCAAGCGUCUUGUUCAAUCUCCAAAUUCUUUCUUCAUGGAUGUUAAGUGCCAGGGUUGCUUUAACAUAACCACUGUGUUUAGCCACUCUCAGACAGUUGUGGUAUGUGGUAACUGCCAGACCGUGCUGUGCCAACCGACCGGUGGACGGGCGAGGUUAACUGAAGGUUGCUCAUUUAGGAAGAAGGGAGACUGAAUGGUUUGGUAACUGAACUUUUGUUGGUCAAAUGAUUGGAGACUUUUGGGUGUUAGGUUUUUGAGAUGGAAGCAUUUGUACCACCCAAUGUGGAAUUUCUCUUUAUUGAAGUGGAUAUGUUUUAGUUUGAUGGUUAAUUUUAUGCGGUUCUGUUUUGUAUCUGCAAUAUUUAGCCACCAUCUUGACUUGCAGCAAUUAUAAUAGGGAAUUGUUUGGUGUGUUAGGCUGCUCUUCUCUUGACAAAAAGAUUUCAGCUUGGCAUGUAGAUUCUAUGUUCCUAUUGAUUCUGUUGAACAUAUAUGUAGUUGCUGAAAUAUUAGUUUUCUUUGUUUCUGUGGAAAUUUAUUUAUGUGUCUUUUCA